CCCGACGUGGCGUAAGUGCUUCCGGGUGAAACAGUGACGUGUCAGCUGGAGCAAAGCGGCGACAGCAAAUGUCUCUGACGCCAGGUCAUCAAAAUGGAUUCCAAAUGAAGUUCCGCUCUUGGUAAUUCGGAUCCAGCCAGGAUCAGAGACUCCAGUUGUGUGAUGGUGAUCUGCAGGAGUAAUCCUUGUAACAGCUCAUGGUCUGCCAACUGUUCUUUCAGCGCGGUGAACAAUUGAGGCAAGGGAAACACAGCAGAGACUUGUAACCUGGAAGCUGUCCUGCUUGUGGCAAAAUGACUUCAGGCAGCAGUGCUCCUCCUGGUAGCGGCCCCUUUACAGCACUGACUCCAAGCAUGUGGCCACAGGAUUUAAUGACCAAGAUCUCCCAGGAGGAUUCUGUAACACGCCCAGAGUUCCAGUACGAUGUGUUUGGAUUCCGUAUAGACAAAGAAGAUGGAUCAGAAGCAAAUCACAGGAGAGUUCUUGGAGUCCCACUCCCAGAGGAUCCUCAGCAAAGGCUGAGAUGGCAAGCAUACCUUGAGUUCACGCAUAAUCACGACGUCGGCGAUCUGACGUGGGAUAAAAUUGACGUAGUACUGCCACGCUCUCAGAAACUGCGAACUUUGGUCCUUUCCGGGAUCCCGCACACCUUGCGACCGCAGAUCUGGAUGCGGUUGUCAGGAGCUUUGCAGAAGAAACGGAACACUGAAACCUCAUACCGUGACAUCGUCAAAAACAGCUCCAACGAUGGUGGCAUUGCAGCUAAACAGAUUGAAAAAGACCUGCUGCGCACAAUGCCAAGUAACACAUGUUUCUCCAACAUGGACAGCAUUGGUGUUCCAAGAUUACGGCGAAUCCUACGUGGGCUGGCAUGGCUAUAUCCAGAGAUUGGUUACUGCCAGGGAACAGGAAUGGUUGCAGCUUGUUUGCUGCUGUUCCUCGAGGAGGAGGAUGCCUUCUGGAUGAUGUGUGCCAUUAUUGAAGACCUGGUUCCUCCUUCAUAUUUCAGCACCACACUUUUGGGGGUGCAGACUGACCAGCGUGUUCUCCGUCAUCUGAUAGUACAAUACCUUCCCCAACUGGACAAACUUCUCCAGGAACACGACAUCGAGCUGUCCUUGAUCACCCUGCACUGGUUCUUGACAGCAUUUGCCAGUGUAGUACACAUCAACAUCCUCCUCCGGGUCUGGGACCUUUUCUUCUGCGAGGGCUCUGUUCUGCUCUUCCAGAUCACUUUGGGAAUGCUGAAAAUGAAGGAAGAGGAACUCAUCCAGUCAGAAAAUUCAGCUUCCAUCUUCAACACUUUGUCAGACAUCCCGUCGCAGAUCGAAGAUGCCGAAUCUCUCAUAAAGGAGUCGAUGAAGAUUGCUGGGUCACUGACAGACGUGAUGAUUGAAGCACAGAGGAGCAAACAUCUGGCCUAUUUGAUAGCGGAGCAGGGCCAGCUGAACAACUCCCAGUCGCCACUGCCAAACUUCAACAAGAUAGUUCGACGACAGUCCCAGCGCAGGAAGUCCGGCCUGGGAGCUCUGCUCUUCGGGGACAAUGAAGAUGCCGAGGCACUCAAGGCAAAGAACAUUAAGCAGACGGAGUUGGUGGCAGAUCUGCGAGAGGCCAUCCUGCAAGUAGCUCGGCACUUUCAGUGCCUGGACCCCAAAAAUUGUACUAUUGAGCUGACGCCGGAUUAUUCCAUGGAGAGCCAUCAGAAGGACCACGAGACCUACAUUGCUGUGUCCCGAAAUCGAAAGCGCAGAGCCAAAGCCCUCCUGGAUUUUGAACGCCAUGACGACGAUGAGCUGGGAUUCCGAAAAAAUGACAUCAUCACGAUUAUCUCUCAGAAGGAUGAGCAUUGCUGGGUGGGAGAGCUGAACGGUCUACGAGGCUGGUUUCCUGCGAAGUUCGUGGAGAUCCUGGACGAACGUAGUAAAGAGUAUUCUAUGGCUGGAGAUGAUUCAGUUACGGAAGCUAUCACAGAUUUGGUACGGGGAACACUUUGUCCGGCACUCAAGGCGAUAUUUGACCAGGGUUUGAAGAAACCAUCCAUUCUCGGUGGUCCCUGUCACCCCUGGCUUUUUAUUGAAGAGGCUGCAGGGAAGGAGGUGGAGCGAGACUUUGACUCGGUGUAUUCUCGACUGGUGCUGUGUAAGACGUACAGGUUGGAUGAAGAUGGCAAGGUGCUGACCCCUGAGGAGCUCCUAUAUAGAGCUGUGCAGUCCGUCAACGUCAGUCACGAUGCUGCCCACGCACAGAUGGACGUGAAGUUUCGGUCGCUGAUCUGCGUGGGGCUGAAUGAGCAGGUGCUGCCCCUGUGGCUAGAGGUGCUCUGUUCAAGUAUACAGACCGUGGAGAAGUGGUACCAGCCGUGGUCCUUCCUCCGCAGUCCUGGCUGGGUCCAGAUCAAGUGUGAGCUCAGAGUGUUGUCCAGGUUUGCCUUCAGCCUUUCACAGGACUGGGAGCUCCCUGUCAAGAAAGAGGAGAAAGAGAAAAAGCCUCUGAAGGAUGGAGUCCAGGACAUGCUGGUGAAGCACCACCUCUUCAGCUGGGACAUUGAUGGUUAACUAGCCACAGACAAUCGCACUCCAAACCCACACUCGCGGUUGGCACUACAGGUGUCUGUGUACAUAGCAACCACCAGCUUUGUAUGCACACAUCCUAAAGGGAAGGAGACAGUCACCUCGACAAGGAAUGUUGCACCAUUAUGAUUCUUAAAACUCUUGGGAACUAAUAUUCUGUUCUUUUCCCUGCUGUCUGUAAAAUAAGUUCAGUUACACAGCAUCCUUACAUAAUUCUCAUUGGUGGCAAUUGGUAACUUGGUUUCACCUGGGUCGAUUGACCUGCACUGUAAUCUUUCCCCGUUCCUGUUCCCUUCCCUGCUGGGGGGCACUUUGUGCAUCAGAUCAGAGCCGGGAUUUCCGCCUGUUACCGCGGAGCUUGGCUCGAGGUGUUAUCGUGCCAGGGGUAAGGAAGUGACAAGCAGAGCAGAUACAGCACGUCGGUGUGGAGGUGAGCGGGUUUGAAAAGGCUUUGGGACACAAUAAACACUUUACAAGAUCACUGAGCCAAGGAAGCAAAACGUAAUACUCUUUGCCCUCAAGCAAAAGUCACCAGCUGGCUUCUACCAAGCCCUGAGUGUUGUUACUGGAAGCCUUCAUGAGGAAGCCAGCCCACAGCGAAGGACGCACCUUAUCAGUCAGUCCUCUGCAGUAGCUGUGUAUGUACAGCUAAUAAAGAUAAAAUUCCAGCAGCCUGCACGGUUAGAAUGCUUGGAAUCCAACACAAACUGUUCAGUUCCAACAAAUAGAACCCAUGCAUAGUAUCCAAGCAGUCCCAUAGCAUACGGGAUAACACUGGGACCCAGGGGAAUUACGUGAGACAUUUUAAACAGGCUUGUUUAAGCCCGUUGAGUCCCUGAUUAAACAGUUUUCAGAAGUCAGGACCGCUCGGACCUCUGUUGCAGGUGAUGCCUGUGUCUAGGGAAUCAGCACUCCGUCUUUUCACUGUUACCCCUCAGUUCUAGUGCACCCCUUCUCCAAGUCUCUGGAGUUUGGACUCUAUCCUGGUGCCUUUGGUGGCUUGUUCAGUGUGGGAAUGUGAGUCCCGUAGCACUGACAGCAUGCCUGCUCAUGGCUGUCUCCUCGAGACCCCACCUGAAGCCGGUCAACGUCAGCAGCCAGGGACGGUGCAGAACGCUGAAGCAACUGCUGAGGUUGUCAAGUGGCUCAAAAACUACUCAUCAAAAUUGUACCCUUCUCCAGCACACGGAGAGCAGACAGGAGGCGAGUAUUAUCCCAACUGGAAGGGAACUUCCUUCGGAUUUUAACUUGAGGAUUGUAUUGCAGUGCAGGUGUGUGGGAAAUCAGAUCUUAGAGAUUAGUCCACAGUUUGAGUCUGAUGAUAGCAGGUUUUAAUUUAUUCCUUGUUCUCCCUGAUUUUUAUUUGUUCAUUACCCAGUCUGUAUGUAAAAACUUUAUAUCAUGUGAGCUAUUUGUAUAUAAGUAAUAAAGGAACCCUGGUUUACUGGCAGAGUGCAUCAAUUCAUGUCCC